UUGUAUGUUUGAUCUGCAGAAAAAUUCUGCAGGAAGGAGACUGUAACACUCAUGUCAGGUUGAGAAGAAGUGAACAAAAAGUUAUUAUUGAUAACGGACUUGUUGAAGUCACCAUCGAGGACCCAUCUGGUCAUGUGAUGGGAAUAAAAUACAUGGGGAUGGAUAAUGUGAUUGAAUGUAGAAACCCGAGCUCUAGUAGAGGGUACUGGGAUUUUGUUUGGGAUGGUUAUGCCUUUGACAAAAUGGAAACAAAAUAUGUCGAGGUUGUAGCACAUACUGAUGACAUUGUAGAGCUUUCCUUUACCAAAAAAUGGAAUUUUACAACAGAUUACGGCAAGACAAUUCCCUUGAACAUUGACAAAAGGUUCAUAGUCCGACGAGGCGUUCCGGGGCUGUACAUGUACGGUGUUUUAGAGCGCAAGGAGGAUUUUCCGGAUGCUCAGAUGUAUCAAUUAAGGAUUGUCUUCAAGCUCAAUGCAGACAGGUUCGGGUUCAUGGCGAUAUCGGACACCAGACGAGGGAUCGUGCCUAGGGGAGAUGAUCGAGAUAGUACUCGUAGUCAGACUCUUGCCUUCAAGGAAGCUGUUCUGUUAACCAAUCCAUCCAAUCCGCAACUUAAGGGAGUGGUUGAUGACAAGUACCAAUAUUCAUGUGAAAACAAAGAUAACAAGCUUCAUGGAUGGAUAUCCGAUAACGAUGCGGUGGGGUUCUGGAUAAUCACCCCUAGCAAUGAAUUCCGAACCGGUGGUCCACACAAGCAGGACCUCACUUCUCAUGUUGGUCCCAUAGCUCUCUCUAUGUUUGUUAGUACUCACUAUACCGGGAUCGACAUAGAUGUGACAUAUAAGAAAGGGGAAGCUUGGAGAAAAGUUUUUGGUCCCGUGCUGAUCUAUCUUAAUUCCGCUUCUUCUGACGAUGAUUACCGCAGCACUCUCUGGAACGACGCUAAAAGACAGUUGAGUGAAGAAAUCGAAAGCUGGCCUUACAAUUUCACUAGAUCACAUGAUUUUCCUCGAGCUGAAGAACGAGGAGACGUUUGCGGUCAGUUACUAGUGCGAGACCGAUGCUUGGAUGAUGAACCGAUGCAGGCACGAUCCGCCUUUGUGGGGUUGGCAGCUCCUGGAAAUGUAGGAUCAUGGCAAACGGAAGGAAAGGGAUAUCAAUUUUGGACUCAAACAGACGACACCGGUCGUUUCGAUAUUAAGAACGUCCGAGCAGGGGAAUAUAACUUGUACGCAUGGGUCCAUGGUUUCAUCGGAGACUACAAAUUGGACCUCAGUAUUACUAUCCAACCAGAAAAUCAGAUCAACUUGGGUACCCUUAUCUAUGAUCCUCCAAGAAAUGGCCCUACAUUGUGGGAAAUCGGGAUUCCUGACCGGACAGCUGCCGAGUUCUUCAUACCGGAACCCGACCCUGCAUUCGUUAACCCUUUGUGCCUAGAUGCAGCCGAUAAAUUCAGACAAUACGGAUUGUGGGAUCGGUACUCAGAGCUUUAUCGUCACGGUGAUCUUGUCUACACUGUCGGCGUCAGCAAUUAUUCUCGGGAUUGGUUCUUCGCUCAUGUUACGAGGAACACAGGGAACAGUACGAACUGGUCAACCACAUGGCAGAUCAAAUUCAAUCUCCAACAUGUUAACGAGAGAGGAAACUACACACUACAAUUAGCCUUGGCAGCAGCUUCUAAUGCUGAAUUACAGAUUCGAUUCAACAAUCCAGACGCUGUUCGACCGGAUUUUACGACGAACAGAAUAGGUUACGAUAAUGCGGUAGCGAGGCAUGGAAUCCAUGGAUUGUACAGAAUGUAUGGUAUUAUUGUACCUGGUAACAGAUUCAAAGAAGGGGACAACACCAUCUUUCUAACUCAGGCCAGAAGCCUUAGCUCAUUCAACGUUGUUAUGUAUGACUAUAUCCGAUUAGAAGCACCUGCAGAUUAAUGGAUUAGCUAGUGCAUGUAAAAAUA